GACAAAUAAACUAGAAAAGAUCGAGCAGAAAAUUCAAAAUUAUCGCGCGAAAACCUUAGAACGUAUUUUCAUGAUGUCACAAAAUUUAUUCCUCAUGAAAUAAUUAGUAGAUAAAAGGAUUACAUUCAUUGAAUGAUAUGGUUAUUAAGUGAUAACGCGCGGUCGGUAGCUAACGUGAGCGAGUGUGUGAACAUUUCGUUUAUUUGGGUGCAAUAAAAUGAAAAUAUUUCUUACUUGCAUUUUGAGUUUUCUAUCGAUAUCACAAGGAUGGCGCGAUUACAAAGUGCGCAAAUUCCCAGAAAACUUCAUGUUUGGGGUCGCUUCGUCUGCUUACCAAGUGGAAGGAGCUUGGAAUGAAGAUGGUAAAUCGGAAAGCAUAUGGGACCGCUACCUGCACAACCACCCCGAGGUGGUGGCGGAUGGUACCAACGGGGAUGUGGCGUCCGACUCCUACCAUCUUUACAAACGGGACGUUGAGAUGCUGCGGGAAUUGGGCGUUGACUUCUACAGAUUCUCCAUCUCUUGGCCUAGGGUUUUGCCGACAGGUUUCGACAACGAAAUAAAUAUAAAAGGUCUCAAAUAUUACGAAAAUUUAAUCGACGAACUACUCAAAUACGACAUACAGCCAAUGGUUACGUUAUACCACUUCGAUUUGCCCCAACGUCUCCAAGAAUUGGGGGGUUGGGCCAACCCCGAGAUCAUAAACUGGUUCGUGGACUACGCAAAAGUGGUGUUUGACAAACUUGGACCCAAGGUCAAAUACUGGAUCACGAUUAACCAACCCAAUUCUAUAUGCAUCGAUGGGUACGGAGAGUCGAUGAUGGCCCCAGCGGUGGACUCCAAGGGUGUUGGCGAGUAUUUGUGUAUUAAAAACGUGUUGCUGGCUCAUGCGAAGGUGUACAGACUAUAUGAGAGCCAGUACAAGACCAAACACAAGGGAUCAGUCGGCAUAUCGUUAGCAGUUAACUGGAUAGAUCCCUUGAACAACUCUACAGAGAACAGCGAAGCCGCGAAGAAGGCUAGAGAAUUCACCAUCGGUUUGUACAUGAACCCAAUAUGGUCGACAAAAGGUGACUUCCCAGCGCUAGUGAAAGAGAUCAUAGCCAAGAAGAGCAAGGAGCAGGGCUUCCCGAGGUCGCGACUUCCUAAGCUGAUUCCGGAAGAAAUUAAAUUAUUGAAAGGUGCAUCCGACUUUCUGGGCAUGAAUCACUACACCACGUCUCUGGUCACGCCGUCCACUCAGGAGUUCCCUUCGCCAUCGUUCGCUGAUGACCUUUCAGUCGACUUCCACACGGGCAAGGACUGGAUCCAGGGGAAAUCUCCUUGGCUGAAGAGCGCCCCCUAUGGCCUGUAUAAAGCUUGCAUCCACGUGAACCUCGAGUACUCCUACCCUCGCAUGAUGAUCACGGAGCACGGCUGGUCCACCGAGACAGGUCUGCAGGAUUACCGUCGAGGAGCUGUGAUCAGGGAGUAUCUCGGAGCUCUCCUGCUGGCCAUGGAGGACGGGACUGAUGUGCAAGCGUAUACCGCCUGGAGUCUUAUGGAUAAUGUCGAGUGGACUGCUGGAGUUAGUGAACGCUUCGGUCUCUAUGAGGUGGACUACAACUCACCUAUAAAAAAGCGUACCGCGCGACAAUCCGCGCUCAUUUACAAGCAUGUGAUAGAGUCAAGGGUUUCAGAGGAUGGCUGGUUCCCAAGCUCGCUCAACAUCAGUAUUACUAAGAAAAAGAAAGCGCCGGUCAAGGCGGAGUUGUGAAACAGUAUUAAUAAAAUAUAUAGCGUCAUUUUUACAUUGCGUUACUAAAUAAAUUUAUAAAUUCAUCAUUACCUCUGUUAACUUAGUACAACGUUGCAUUAUUUGUUAAUGCAAUGGCUAAAUGACUCAGUAUUCAAUUAAGGAGAAUUUUAUUUUACAGCACAAAGUAGAGUUGUUAUCACUACCGUCCAUGAACGCCCAAAUAACCAAUAUAUAAUAUGCAUUAUUAUACGCGUUGCCAGUUAGAUAUGCUGUAAUAUAUAGAUAUUACAGCAUAUCUAAUUUUUGCUUUCUCAAUAAUAGUAUUGAGAAAGCAAAAAAUAUUUUUUCACAAUAGCUUACCUAAUAUAAAGCUCGUGUCGCCCAUAGGCAUUUAAACGAAGAAAUUGCAAGUUGGUGGUCGUUAAGGAAAAAAAAAAUAUGAAUAGGAAUGAGGUUUAGAUAAUAUAGGUUUUCAGUAAUGUCAAAUACCAGUGGAAUAGCCUGUCGAGCAAACUCAUUUGAAUUAUAGACAAAAUUGUCUACAGCUUAGUUGUCAAAAAGAUACACCUAAUAUACAAUAUACAGACCUAUGUUUAUACA